AGUUUGUUUUGUUAUCAAAGACAUAAUUAUUAACAAAUUAUUUUAUUAAAAUCGUUAUUCGUUUCAGCUUGUUCCAAAUACAAUUGUGGCGCGGGGAUUCUAGAAAACAACCAAAACAACUCGAACGAGGCUCAACAAUAUUACAAAAACCAAACAAAAACAACCAAAACAACCACAACAAUAAGGAGGACAACCAGCAGCAUUCGUUGAGGAGCGCGCUAGUCGACAACAACGGCAACAACAGCAGCUCUCCGAGAUGGGCCGCCGUCCGCGGCUGGUGACCCCGCCGCUGGUGCUGGUGGCGCUGGCACUGGUGAUGGUGCUGCAAACUGCUGAAACCAAGCCGCCGCUUCAGCUAACAGCCACAGCCGGCCAGUUCUGGCAGAUCACGGACAUUCACUGGGACUGGACGUACAACCGGACCGGCGACGUCUCCUCGUGGUGCCACGGCGCCGCUGCCGACCCCACCGCCGACAACGGCCUGUUCGGCAACUACAGCUGCGACGCGCCCUGGGUGCUCGUCAAGGAGGCCGUCCGGCACAUGGCCCAGGUGCAGCCGCAGCCCGACUUCGUCAUCUGGACAGGGGACAACGCGCCGCACUGGGAGGAGGGGCCCGAGUUCAAACAGAUCUUCUCGGCCAUCGACAACAUUACGCGUGUGAUGGAGGAGGCGUUCCCUGACACGCCGAUCGUGCCCUGCCUGGGCAACCACGACAGCUUCCCCGCGGACUUUUACCCGGGCGGUAACAAGUCGUUCUACACGCGCUACCUGACCGAGGGCGGCUGGUCGCGUCUUCUGUCCGAGGACGAGCAGAGGACCUUCGCCACGGCCGGCUACUUUGCGCGCCGGCUCACCGACCAGCUGACCAUCAUCUCGCUGAACACAAACAUCUACUACCGUCCGAACGAGGCGAUCGACCCGAAGGAAGCCGACCCGGGCCAGCAGUUCUCCUGGCUCCGAGACCAGCUCAAGAACGCCAGCACCGAGGGGUACAAGGUGAUAAUCGGCGCUCACAUCGCGCCCGGCUUCUUCGAGCGCCAGACUGACGACACGUUCAUGUUUGACAACUACAACGAGGCGCUGCUGGCGCUGAUCGGCCAGUACUCGGACGUGAUCCUGGCGCAGGUGUACGGCCACGAGCACACCGACAGCUUCCGAGUGCUGGGGCAGGAGGCGCCAGACGGCGAGCUGCAGCUGCAGGCGGCCAUGUUCCUGGCGCCGUCGGUGACGCCCUGGGUGCCGGCCGCCGGCACCAACCCGGGCGUGCGCCUCUACUCGUACACGCCCACCGUGCUGACCGACUACUCGCAGUACAUCCUCAACCUGACGGCCUCGAACGCGGCCGGCGCGGCCGCCUGGAGCCGACUGUACGCCGCCGCCGACACCUACUCGCUACCCGACCUGGGCGUCCAGUCGAUGGCCGCGCUGUACCGCCGGCUGGUGGCCGAGCCCGACCUGUUCGACACCUACUACCGGCUCAACACGGCCGGGGCGCCGGCCGGACAGAGCUGCGACCUGCCCUGCAAGCGCUCCCAGUUGUGCGCCAUCGGCCACCUGCGCACCGACGCCAUGGCCACCUGCCUCAACUCGGUGGUCACCAUGAACUCCAUCAUCUCUGGCGAGAUGCUGGUGCACGGGCCGGCCGGCGGGCCGGGCAGCGCGCCGGUGGCCGGCGGAUCCGGCCGGCCCUCCCAGUUCCUGGCCGUCUUUUUCGGCGUGAUCGCCGGCCUGGCGGCGCUCGCCGCGCUCGUCGCGUUCGUCGUGGUGCGCGUGCGGAAGCGUCCGUCGGCGCCGUCGACGGUGCUGCGCAACGUGGCCUCGUUCGUCUCUGUCGGCAGCCAGGGCUACGAGACGAUGACGUAGGCAGCGAAUGGCGGCGGGCGCCGAGGCUGCAGUUCCGGCCGCCGCCGACAGGUGGCACUGGGCGGCCCGACGGCCUCCGCACCGGUAGGUGGCGCGCAGGGAACACUGCAGUCACAGUGAGCUUUACUGCUGUGGAUCAGUAGAUGUAUCGUGUAGGAUGUUUCGUGAACGAUAUUGUGCGCUAGAUGUGAUUAGGGUCGGGACUAGACGUGGUUCACACACGAUUCGGGGCAUGAGUGAAACUUUAUCGACAUGUUGACGGCAAUCGGCCGCUCCCGUUGGACGUAUAUAACCGCCCUGUAGAUAGGCCAGGCUCGUCAUGGAUGCCCGUUCUCUGUUCUUGCCGAGUAGCGUAAGGACAUGAUCGGGCGGAAUUCGCGGCAAAUCAACUUAGUUCGGCCCAAGGGAUAGUUCAGGCUGUGUGGUGAAGCUAGUGAAACUUUGAUUAUAUUAUUGUCAUCAGUUUUAUCUGAGACUCCUCGUUCUUCGAUACACGUGAUUUUACCUUCAUUGAUAUUAGCGGUAGCAGUUCAGUUGUUUUAUCUCUAUCAUAUCCAUCAGCUUCUUAUACAGUUUCUGUCUGAAUUUAUCUUUUUCGAAUUACAGCAGUAGGUAUUUGA